AUGGCACUUCGUCAGGAAUCGUCUGCACUUUCUGCUCGAGUGGCUCAGUUGGAAUCAAAACCGGCCGUCACUUCGGAUUCUGAAGUGUCGUCAAAGCUACUUCGUGAAAUUUCUGAGAGAAAUUCUUCUGAAUAUAACGUAAUUAUAUAUGGUCUUCCUGAGUCGGAUUCACCUUCGAUUAAUCAAAGAAUCUCCGAUGAUUGCCCUGAGCUAUCUAGUGCUUUGUCACCCAUUCAAAUUGAUUUACCUAUUGAUUUCAAAUUAGUUCGCCUUGGUAAUAAUAAGGCCAAGAAACCUAGACCGAUAAAAAUAAUUUGUAAGUCAAAAGAAAAUGCAGCUCAACUCAUAUCCGAAUUCAGGCAGGCAGUUAGAAGCGGAAGUAGUAUUCGUGAUGGUCUUCGAAUAAUCCGAGACAAGACUUCGUUGGAACGGGAGCUACUCCGUACUGCUCAUAUAGAACUCGAGAAUAGAAAUAAAUCAGGCGAAUCAAAUUUAGUAAUAUCUUAUGUUAAAGGUGUCCCUACGGUUACAAAGUCACACUCAAAAAACGGAGUCACUGGUCGGGAUUGA